AAAAUUUGACUUUAUUAUAUCCUAUUCGAUUAUAUAUGAAAACCUUAGUCAACCUCAACGAACGUGACUUUAUCAUAGAAGUUUUUGAAACUACAUCUGAAUAUGGAUCAAUGCCAGGAUAUAUUUGCAAGUGUGACGGUAUUCAAAGUGAACUAUGUCAAAUACUUACUGUUGCAAUUUGUAGU